AGACGAGGACGUGGAUUGAAGUUGGAAGAUUUCAUCUGAAUGUGUUUUUCCCUUAAAACCUUGUGUCUUCUUCUUCAUCAGCAUUAGUUGAUUUUUUUAGUCAUACCAACUAUUCGUGUUUGCUUGGUGCUAGCGACGGCAACUGCGACUUCCACCCACUACUAGCUAGUCUUGCCUGCUAUUUACAGUUCUUGACGUGUCGGUGUUCAGCACUAUUGCUCUCGCUCCUAAGUCCCACAAUUUUUCUUGCUAACUUUAUUACUAGCAACAACAUCAGAUACCAUCUCCAGUUGUUUGCAGCUGCUAGCUCUUAGCCCGCUCAAAAGUUGAAUACUUACUCCUUUAUAUCACAACUUCCAUUAUUGCACCCAUCAUUACUGUCUUUAUAGUGCAUACUCACAAUCGUUAAUUCAUUUUAUACACAAUGAGAGAUAAGCUCCAUGUUCCCAGAUCCAAGCAGAAAGUCAUAGUGUAUGCUGGGCUUGUGUUGUGGCUCAUAUGCGUCAACCUCUGGAUCUUCAACUACUACCACCACUCCACCAGAACUCCUCUCAAGGAUGAAUCCUCUUCCAUAUACGACGAGUACAACCCUGACUUUAUCAACCCCGACGAUGACAAGUCCAACAAACCGGACGAGAAGACAAAUGACAAGUCUUCAGAUCCACACUAUCACGCGAAACCACAGCCCGGCCUCAUUGACCAGAUAUCGAUUCAAUUGUUACAUAAGCAGACAGGAGUUAAAGACACCCGUAAGAAGGAUUCUCACUCUACAGUAUAUGAUGUAAUGUUCAAUAACCACGAAGUCGAAUCGGUUCUUGCUAACUUGGACUUCCAGGAUAGAUGCGAGUUGUAUUUCACCACUUUAUACACUAUGGAUGUUGACUGGUGGAUAGACCCCAAGUACGACUUCUACUUUGAACAUCGUGACGAAACUAGUUACGACAAAUGGAAGAAGAAGAUGUUGAACGAUCUCAAGAAAGAAUGGCUCAAGGAUAAAGGCGAGGAUACAGAAGAUAAAAACCUCGAUGAAGUCAAGGUUGACCAAGACUUAGAAGACUUCAUUAAGAAGAAGUACUACGAGUUCUGGGAUCUGAUGAUGAAAACAGAGCAAGUUGUUACUGACUACUUGAGUCACAUGAGAAUCUUCAACAAGUGCUUCGUUUCCAACGACAACGCCGCCCAAGUCAACCGUGUCAAAAACUUCUCCCAGAACCAGAUGAAGUUCAUGAAACAGUUUUUCAAGGCUGGUCCAAAGCCUGGCCAGUCGACAGUGCCACCCCCGUUUGUUCCUUCUUCGUCCGAAAAGAGAGUAAAUAUGAAGUUCGAGAAUUGUGCCCAUCUUGAGAAGAGACUCUAUCCAUGGCUUUCGCUAGAUUAUCCAGUCUAUGAAAGAUGGAGUGGUAACAUGCAGAUGACUCCUCCAGACAUGUCUGAAUUCAUCGAUGUGCCCAAGUCGGCCAACUUGAAGAAGAAAGAACCAAUUAAGUCGAAAAUGACCAACAAUGUACCCUGCUUCUUGAACACUUUCAAAAACUCUGUAAACAGUAAGGGUCUUGUCAUGUCUAUCAGUGAUGAACAUGUGGACGAAACUGUCCGUUUUAUUCACCUCUUGCGUGCUCUUAACAAUAAGUACCCCAUUGAAAUCGUUUACUACGACAAUCUUUCAAAGAAGUCCAAGAGUAAACUUGUCACAGCAGCUAGAGAAAAGUUUGUAGUGCUUCCGAAGUCUUUCGAAAAGGUUCACCAAUACUUCCCUGAUGAUUACAUGGACAACGGUGGUUUACCUCAACAAGAGAUCUGGUUUGUAAACGUCCACAGUGUUGUUGCUAAAAACUACAAGGACAACUUCAAAAAAUUCUCCAACAAAUUUUUGGCUACUAUGUUCAACUCGUUUGAAGAGUUCAUUCUUGUGGAUGCCGAUACUGUGUUUGUUCAAUCUCCAGAGUUCUUUUUUGAAUUGAACGGAUACAAGGAAAAGGGUGCCUAUUUCUACAGAGACAGAACCGCGCCUCAGUUUAGACCUCCUGGUGACUCAGUUUUCUUCCAGAAGACCAGUCCUUCCAUCGUUGAUUCCGUGAUGUUUGACAUUCCUAUCAUGACUGACUACACAAUCAAGUUGCCUUUCUUUGACGGCAUGUCACACUUUAUGGAGUCUGGUGUGGUUGUUCUCAAUAGAAACAGACAUUUCAACUCUAUUUUGUUGAUGAUGCAGAUGAGCUUCAUGCGUCCCGUGAUGCACAGACUAUACGGAGACAAGGAGCUUUUCUUCUUGUCUUUUGCUGCUAAUGGAGACGAAGACUAUGUGUUCAAUUCCUAUUCUGCUGCUGCUAUCGGCCAGUUGACCGAUGAUAAGUUCCAUGUCACCUCUGGCGGCCGUAAGAAGAAGGCUAAGGAACUUUGUGCUGCUCAUCCGGGACACAUCAAUGGCGAAGAUGGUAAAUCAUUGGCCUGGUUCAAUUCUGGUUACAAUUUCUGUUCCAAGGAUGUCAAUUUCGAAGAGGAAUUUGAAAAGGGAAAGCGUUUCCAAUUUUUGAAGAACAAGGAAGCAAUGGAAACCUUCUACAGAGACCCUAUGAAGAUAACGCAUGCCAUUAUUCCUCCUUUCAAGAACAAGAAGGAAACUCUUUGUGAUAACGUAGAUGAAGAACCCAAAGAAGGAUGGCACAUGGAUAAAGAGUACUGCAAGUCUUACCUUUGGUGUGCGUAUUCUCAGAUUGGAGGAAGAACUCUGACUGGAGGUGACAACACCCAAACAGGCUAUAUCUUCGAGUUUGAUGAUAAAGCACAAAACCUUUUCGAGUACUACGGUGAUAUUUGGGUUGGGACGGAAUAGUUGGAGCCAGAUUCACUGAAGUACUGCGAGGUGUUCUAGCCCUUAUGGCAUCUGUUAGCCCAUUUAGUUUUACAUUACAUGUACAUUUAUAGACCUAGAAACUAUUGAAUGAAUGCCAAAUCUUCAUUUUAU